UAAUUUACAAUUUUUUAACCUUUGCCUUUUUUUGGGCUUAUUUUAUGCUUAUCACAUUGUGUAUAUUAAUACCAAUAGUUUGUCUCUUGAUCAUCUGUGAGUCUUGGACUCUCUAUAAAAUCAAUGGCCACUUCGGAGUGCAUCAGUCAAGCUUUCUUAACAGUGCCCUUUGCCUUCUCCAUUGCUCUUGGUUGUCUUUCUUUGUUUUUUCUCCUGUUCUUCAUUAAAAAUUCUAAGUUCACUCGGAAGAUGGAGUCUAUCAAUCUUCCAUCUGUUCCAGAGAUUCCCGGGUUGCCUGUGAUUGGGAACUUGUUACAGUUGAAAGAGAAGAAACCACACAUGACGUUCACUAAAUGGGCUGAGAAAUAUGGACCGAUUUAUUCCAUCAGGACCGGAGCUUCUACUGUUAUUGUUCUUAAUUCAGCAGAUGUUGCUAAAGAGGCCAUGGUGACCAGAUAUUCGUCCAUUUCAACGAGGAAGCUAUCAAAUGCCCUGAAGAUUCUCACUGCCGAUAAAUGUAUGGUUGCUACAAGUGAUUAUGGUGAAUUUCACAAAUUGGCAAAACGAUGUAUUCUAUCAAAUGUAUUGGGUUCAAAUGCUCAGAAGCGACAUCGACCCUAUAGAGACACCAUGAUGGAAAAUUUAUCAAGCCAAUUUAAUGCUCACAUCAAGAAUCAUCCUCUGGAAGCUGUGAAUUUCAGAAAAAUAUUCGAGUUUGAACUUUUUGGAGUAGCAAUGAAAGAAGCUUUAGGAAGGGACGUGGAAUCAGUAUAUGUGAAGGAGCUGGGUACCUCUUUGUCAAAAGAAGAGAUACAUAGAAUUUUAGUGACUGACAUGCUGGAGGGUGCAAUUGAGGUGGAUUGGAGAGACUUCUUCCCAUAUCUAAAAUGGAUUCCUAAUAAAAGCAUCGAGAUGAAAAUUCAACGAUUAAGUUCCCGCAGGCAUGCUGUGAUGAAUGCUCUAAUGAGUGAGGAGAAAAAACGAAUUGCUUCAGGAGAGGAACGAAACUGUUAUGUUGAUUUCUUGCAAUCUGAAAGUAAAUCGCUAACGGAUUAUCAAAUAAGUAUGUUAGUCUGGGAGACAAUCAUUGAGGCUGCAGAUACUACUUUAGUUACAACAGAAUGGGCUCUCUAUGAGCUUGCUAAGGAUCCAACCCGCCAGGAUCUUCUUUUCCAGGAAAUCCAAACUGUUUGCGGGUCAAACAAGAUUACAGAGGAAAACAUAGCACAGAUUCCUUACCUAACUGCUGUAUUCCAUGAAACUCUAAGGAAGCACAGUCCAUCUCCAAUGGUUCCUUUGCGGUUUGCUCAUGAAGAUACUGAAAUAGGAGGAUACUUUAUCCCUGCUGGAAGUGAGAUUGCCAUAAAUAUUUACGGAUGUAACAUGGAUAAGAGACAAUGGGAAUAUCCUAAUGUUUGGAAGCCUGAGAGAUUUCUUGACAGUAAAUAUGAUCCCAUGGAUAUGUACAAGACAAUGGCCUUUGGAGCAGGAAAGAGGGCCUGUGCAGGUUCUCUUCAGGCAAUGUUGAUAGCUUGCACAGCUAUAGGCAGGUUGGUGCAGGAAUUCGAGUGGAGACUAAGAGAUGGUGAGGAAGAUAACGUUGAUUAUCUUGGCCUUACUACACACAAACUUCAUCCACUGCGUGCACACAUAAGGCCCAGAAAUUAGUAUUGGCAAAACACCUCAUGAAGGGCUCAUCCUGUUUCUCUGCACAACUUAGAAAUAAAUGAAGUCUGUUUUGUUAAUGGAGUUUUAAACUACCUUGGCCAAUAAAUUUUAUCUUAAGAAAUAUGCAUUAGUGCAUCGCGCAAUCAAAAAUACUAUUUCUUGUU